CAAGGUCGGAUUUUUAAAUAUUUUGGGUAUCAUUUCUGUUAAAGCCCUUUAAACAAUGAAUAUAUAUAUAAGCUAUGAUGGACAUAGUUACAGUAUUUUGACUUAGGAAAUCUUCUUCUGCUGAUUAAAGCGGAAUAUCCGUUAAUAUUUUAUUUAAACACUAGAGAAAACUUUCUUGAUCGGUUGAAUGCUAUGGUUAAAGAAAUUGGAAAUUGGAUUAUUCUAUAGUUCGUGGGGAUAUUAGCUCGUAAUCAAACCAAACUUUUAAACACUACAAGUGUGAAACUGUUAAGCGUAUCUACUGUAGAUAUACCGUCCGUUAAAAACAUUUACGAACAAAGUGGUGUAUGUGUUGAGUUUCCUUAAUGUAUCAUUUUACUGAAAAAGAAUAAUAUCAGACCAAAGAUGUUUUUAUAAUUUUCUCGUGAAAAUAUAAGAAUGCAAAUAAGCGGUAAAGUUGCGUUGGUGACUGGAGGUAUUUCGGGAAUAGGACAGGGAUUUGUAGAGGCCCUUCUUGCUGGAGGUGCAAAGGUGAGUAUCGUGGACUUCAACGAGGAGGCUGGACGCGCUACUGAGAAAGACCUUGCGGAAAAGUACGGCAGCAGUAACGUCAUCUUCUGUCCGUGCAAUGUUACCUCACAGGAACAGUUUGAAGAGGCUUUCCGACGUACGCGGGGGGUGCUUGGUGGCCCGGAUAUUGUGGUAAACAAUGCGGGUGUAGGCGGGGAAACGGACGAUAAAUGGGAAUCUGUCAUCGACAUCAACCUGAAGGGAACAUUACGUGGUACUCGGCUGGCACUGAAAUAUAUGAGUGAGGCGGGAGGCGGCAGCGGCGGAGUCAUCGUCAACAUGGCCAGUAUGGCGGGAGUCAACCCAAAUCCCUUUGCACCUGUUUACGGGGCAUCAAAAGCCGGUAUUAUCCAUGCUACAAGAUCUCUAGCAAUAUCACCUGAUGUUCAAAAGUCCGGUAUCCGUCUUAACGUCAUGUGCCCCGCGUUCGUGGACACGCCGAUGUUCAGGAACAUGGCUUCCGGUGACGCCUCGCAGACUUCCAGUUCAGACCAGAUGGCGGUGAAGGCGUUUGUAGAUCAUAUCGGUGUUAUGAGCGUGGAUGAGGUUGCAGCGGCUUUUCUGGAUCUAGUCAAAGACGAAACAAGAAGCGGAAUCAUUUUGCGGUGUGCUAAGAAAACCGGAAUUCAAUACAGUACUCUAAGUGUACAGGAUGUAUAACCGAUAACGACGCAAUGAUUCGUGCUCAAUCAAAAAGAAAAUUUAAAAACUGUUGAUUAUUUUCCAACCAUGUAUCAAUCUCAAGUCAACGGUUGCUUCCCUUUGAUGUAAUCAUCUCUUCACGCCAAAGGAGAUUACUGCAUUGAAAAUUGACAAUCAGUUGUGACAUCUGAAAAUCAAGGGAGUUCAUUCUGGAUACUACAAUGAGUAAAAUACUCUUGCUUACAGACCUUUCGAAAUGACCCAAUUAAGAUUGACAUUUGGGACGGGACUUACUGUACGCUCAAAAUGGUUGUGUUGUGCUCAUGGGUCUGUAUCUAACCACAAUGGCCCACUUGAUACCAAAUAUGCUUUCAAUAGCCUUUUCAUUGUUCAGGCGUGUCUCAAUCAGGGGCGUAGCCAGCUUUACGCAUUUACGCAUGUGCGUAACAUCAAUUUGAAAAAGGAAAAAAUAAAUAUGGCCAAUAAUGGCAUCAAAAACGAGGGCUUAGCUAUAAAAUGAUAUCAGAAUAAAAGGAAAAUCAGCUAAAGUAAGCAUUGCUUCUCUAUGCUAGAUAGCUUACUGAGCCUAAAUCAAUCACUUGAUUACUACAAAGUCGGCGGCCUCGAAUCUAUAAAUCACUUCAAAAACACCUCAGAGUUCAACAUGGUAGUUCCAUUUUCCAUUUUUUCCCUCGGGAGGCUCCCCGAGCCCCCAACCGGCAACAGGGAUAUUCCCCCUCCCACAUCCGAACCCUUUCGUGCGUAACAUUCAGUAAAGCCUGGCUACGCCCCUGUCAAUGUAGCGAGGCCAGGGUAAAUUGUAUUUACACACCUCCUUUUGGGACCAAUUUAAAAUAUCUAAUAUCAUAGGAUUUAUAGUUUAUCAAUCAAUACAGCAAUACAGUCGAAACCAGCUGGCUCGAACUCGCUUGGCUCGAACUCGAUUGGCUCGAAUUCCUCGUUGGCUCGAACUUGAUUUAGAGGACCGAUUUCUUUUUACUGAAGGUUAACAAUCCCGCUUGACUCGAAUUUUCCGACGCUCGAAGUAUUUAAGCCGGUCCCUGGGAGUUCGAGCCAACGGGGUUCGCCUGCCGUAUACAUUUCAUGAUAACAUAACAACAAAAGUAUUGCCACUCAAAGUAAGAGUUAUAGUAAGAGACUAUAGUUACAACACAAUAUUAUUACAGCAAACAGAUGAUGUUUAUAUGUAUAUAUAUAUAUAUAUAAACAUCAUCAUAUAUAUAUAUUUAUAUAUAAAAAAAAAAAAAUAUAUAUAUAUAUACACACAACAGGAGACCAGAAACAAAUGCUUAUCUUAGUAUAAAAAUAUAUUAAAGGAGGGAAUUAAAAUACUGAAAAAUAACGCGCACUAUCAUGCAAAAUUAAGAAAUGGAAGUAAAAUACCUAUUAUCGCGGUCAGACCGUAGAUGAACUAAUUAGCAUAAUUUAUGUUAUGAGUAUUUCACUGUGGAAUGGCAAAUGAGUCAUAAAGCAAUGUAGCAUUUUGAAAACAGGGGCGUAGCUACCUUAAGGCCAUGUAGGCCGCGGCCUACAUCUUUUUCCAAAAAGUUGAGAACAAAAACGAUUAUGAAGACUGUCGCAUUUUUAUUUAUACGACAUAUCAAUAUCCAUAGAGGGUAUGUCAUCCGAACGGCGGAACCCCCGAGGACACGGCCUACACAGUGUUUGCAGCCAAGCUACGCCCCUGGAAAUGUUCAUUGAAAUCAUAGUGAUAAAUGUUAGUUGACAGUGUGUUAACUAAAUAAAUAAAGAACUUGAA